UUCUAAACAGCGGAACCUUCCAGGAGGGAUUCUGACUGUCGGGGGGACGAGAGUUUGGACGGACAGGAGGGCGCUUGCUGAUUGGUCGCUUGGCGACGGCGGUGUGUUCGACAUGGCGACCCUGGUCCUGGACAACGGCGCGAGUACGGCGAAGAUCGGCUUCAGCGACGAGGGAGUGAGCAUUUUGCCAAAUUGCCAGUUUCGCUCGAGGACAGCUCGCCUCAAAACCUUCACCUCCAACCAGAUCGAUGAGAUCAAGGAUCCCUCAGGCCUGUAUUACAUCCUCCCCUUUCAGAAGGGAUAUUUGGUUAACUGGGAUGUUCAGAGGCAAGUGUGGGAUCACCUGUUUGGGAAAGAAAUGUACAAGGUGGAUUUUCCUGAAACCACUAUAAUCAUCACUGAACCAUAUUUCAACUUUAAUUCCAUCCAAGAAUCAAUGAAUGAAAUCUUAUUUGAAGAAUAUCAAUUUCAAGCUGUCUACAGGACAAAUGCUGGGACGUUGAGUGCUUCCAAGUAUUUUCAAGAAAAUGAUUCUGAACUCUGUUGUCUUGUGGUGGACAGUGGCUACUCUUUUACACACAUUGUUCCUUACUGUAAAGGGAAAAAGAUGAAUGAAGGUAUUUGCAGGAUUAAUGUUGGAGGGAAACUGCUCACAAACCAUCUCAAGGAAAUAAUAUCCUACAGACAGUUGCAUGUCAUGGAUGAGACUCAUGUCAUUAAUCAAGUGAAAGAAGAUGUAUGUUAUGUCUCACAAGACUUCUACAAAGACAUGCAAACAGCCCAGCUGAAAGGAGAAGGAAACACUGUAAUGAGAGAUUAUGUGCUUCCAGACUUCAGCACCAUUAAGAAGGGUUUUUGUAAGCCUCUGGAGGAAAUGGUUUUCAGUGGAAAAUACAAGACAAGUGAGCAGAUUCUUCGUCUGACUAAUGAGAGAUUUGCUGUUCCUGAAAUCCUCUUUCAUCCUUCUGACAUUGGCAUUCAGGAAAUGGGGAUACCAGAAGCAAUUGUUCAUUCUGUGCAAAGCUUACCUGAAGAGAUGCACCCACAUUUCUAUAAGAACAUUGUCCUGACUGGCGGUAAUUCACUCUUGCCAGGGUUCAGAGAUCGUGUUUAUGCUGAAGUGCGAUCUCUUACACCGUGUGAUUAUGAUGUGUCUGUUUUGCUGCCUGAAAACCCUAUUACAUAUUCCUGGGAAGGCGGAAAGCUGCUUUCUGACAAUGACGAUUUCAUGGACAUGGUCGUUACCAGAGAUGAUUAUGAAGAAAAUGGGCAUUGCAUUUGUGAAGAGAAAUUUGACAUCUAAUGCCAAAAGCUUAUUGAGAGACUUUAUUACUUUAAAGAAAACAAUGAAGAUCCUGCAGAACUGGUACUGACACUUUUUGAAUGGAGGAAAGCAGUUUUUAUUGGUCCAGUUUUGAACUGUUUUAUAACGAAUCUAAUAACUGUCUUAGUGGUGGAGAGAAGCCCUGCGUCAUUGAUGUAGCAGCCUAUUCCCCAUGGUUUGGUCAAAGGCAGUUCUACAUUUGUUAGCAAAAAGCAAAAAAACUACAGGUGCUGGAAAUCUGAAAUACAAAUUGAGAAUGUUGGAAACACUCAGCAGGUGAGGCAGCAUUUGUGGAGAAGCAAAUGGAGUUGAUGCUUCAGAUUGAACAUUUGAUCAGAACUAGGAAAAGUUAGUAGUCUAAAAUAUUUCCAACCUACUGGAGGCUGCUCCUUCACUUUUCCUCUGGUAUUUGGUGACUGCAUUGGUGCUGCUGCCUGCUCACAUUAAUUUUGCUGCCAAAUUCCACCCUGCCUUCACCAACCAGUCCCAUCUCCAGCUCUUUCUUUCCCCUUCUCAUUUCAAUUUCUAUCUCAGUGGAUAUUUCAACCAGUAUCCAUUACAAAGCCCACAGACUCCUCGUGUCCUGAUUUUGCCAGUUAAGAAAGGGAUUAAAUUAAGGGGGGAAAAAAGGAGGGAUUAGAUUAGUUCCUAAUCUGAUCCCUCCUGCCAGCAGCAGGUCCGCAGCCCUGCUAUUCACAGCUCUUCAAAUACACGUCCAAUAAAUGUGCUAAGGGUUUCUGCCUCAUGUUUCAGGCAGUGAGCUCUGACUUUGUGACCGAGCAUGCACCCGAUGGUUCUAGAGUUUAAUCCUAUUUAUAGCUUUUAUUUUAAUCACUGUUGAAGCUUUUUGUAUCUUUGUGUUACUUGCAGGAGUGCCUGUCAGAGGAACAAUGUUUUUUUGUAAGUGGUCAGUGAGUAGCCCACUGCUGCUGCUCUGAGUGAGUGCAGAUGAGGAUAAUGGCUGCUUGGAUAUCUGGAACAGAGAUAGGAAAUGCACUUUGAAGCAGUGAGGAGGACACAGUGGUUCCAAGCAGACCCCAAGCUCCUCUGCGUGAAGAAAAAUAUUUUCCUCACUUCUCCUCCUAAUCCUACUGUUUACUUUAAAUCCAUGGCUUCUGGUUUUUAACCCCUCUGCUGAAGGGAAAUAGGUCCUUCCUAUUUAUCUAAGCCCCUCAAUUAAAUUUCCCCUCGGCCUCCUUUGUUCCAAAGAAAACAACCCUGUCUUAUUCAAUCUUUCCUCAGAAUUAGGAUUUUCCAGGACUGGCAAUAUUCUUGUGAAUGUACUCUGCACCCUCUUCUGUAAUGUGGUAACCAGAAUUCUAUGCAGGUUUCAACUUUGGUUUAACCAGUAUUGUAUAUAAUUCUAGCAUGCAUUAUUUCCUAUGCCUUAUGUUCUAUAUCUUGGCUAAUAAUAGAACAUUAGGCAUAGGAAAUAAUGCAUGCUAGAUCUAUUUGCCCAAGGAUUUGUGAACCACACCCCAAUGUCUAUGUUCUUUUAGAUCACUCGGUAUACUCCCACUUACUGCUUAUUCAUGUGCCUUGUUGCACCUCCUCAAGUACUUGGAUUAAAUUCCAUUUUCCAUUUUCCUGCCCAGCUACCCAGUCCAUCUAUUUCUUCUUGCAGUCUGAAGCUUUCCUCUUCAAUAACAAUGAUAUGGCCAAUUUUGGUAUCAUCUGCAAUCUUUAUUGUCUCCCUUAGAUUUGUGGCUACAUCAUUAAAAUGUAUCAAGAGCAAGGGACAUGAGUACCAAGUCCCCUGGAAGCCCACUACUUGUCACAAAAACAUCUGUCAGCUGCUAACCUUUGUUUCUUGUUGCUGAGCCAACUUUGGAUCCAAUUUGCCACUUUCCCCUGGACUCCAUGGGAUUUUACUGUUUUUGACCAUCCCAAUAUAUGGCACCUUGUCAAAAGGGUUAAUAAGAUCAAUGUGUGUAUGUCAGACUGAUUGACGCUCCUUGUUAGCAUCUCAGAAAAUUCAACAAUGGAUGAGUUAGGCUGAAAUGCCUGUUUAUGCUGUUCAUUCACUAUAGUUAACAGGUUUGUGCUAUUUCAUUUUUUCAAACUUCAAUGCACAGCAGAUAAUGCUUUUCUUAAAAUAGUAUAAAAUUUGUUCCGAUGUAUGGAGCUGUUGUGCACACUUGUGAAGCAUGUGUUACAUGUUUUCUUCCAUCACAUGUUGAAGGGGCAUGUUUUCUGACAAUUUUACAUUAAACAGUCUUCCAUGACAUCUCUAAACCAGCAAAUUGGAACAGAUGCACAAUUUGGAAAUUGGGAGUAGAUCUAGUGUAGAAAGGAGAUAAAAGUCUAACAUUAUUUUGUAGAUCUUUGUAUUUAAAUAUGUACACUUAUUUAAAAAAAAAUGAAUUAAAACCUGAUGGAGUUGGAGUCUUUUCUUUAAAAA